AUAAAGUUCAACACACAAAGAUACGCUGUCAACCCCAUGAACUUCGGCUUUGAUAUUCGUGGCAAGGACUGGAUCACGUACACUGUCAUGGCGUGUAAUGACUUCAACAUCAAACUGUACUUCCGUGAACAAGUGAUGUACAGGAUGCUACUCGGGGGAUGGUUCGACACUAAAAGCCGAUUCUAUGCAUUUGGGGCAACUGUAGACGUCUUUGGGCCGGUCUUAAACUGCACUGGCUAUCUUCAGUUUUGGACCUCUUGGGAAGAUGGGCAUUUCAAAAUAGGUCGGGGCAAGGUGAAGGACGCAGACAUUCUCUACGGUGAUACUACUCACAUUAUUCCCGGUGUCGACAGUUUAACUGUGUGGGCCCCAAGCGCCAAAUGGAGUUUUGAGUAUGACAACUGUACGGGACCCCCUGACAUAGAGAGGAUGGACGGUGUGAGAUAUCAAGGCGGUUUUCUACUGAAGGCCUACUCUGACGUCUCUGGGACCUUCUGCGUCACGGAGUGCGUCAUCCGCAACAGAUGCUUCAGCCUCAGCUUCAACAGAGCCGACAAUGUGUGUGAACUAUUCACUACCCCUAUCAACACAACAGACGUAUCAUCAGCCACAGGCUGGGAGACGUAUAUCUUCACCGACAUCAAGUUAUAUUAUUAAAUUAUGGGGUUACAUGUAAUUGUUAAUUUCAUAUUUGCGGGUUUUAAUGGGUAUUCGAUUUUCGGAAAUGUGGAGUGAGUGAGUUGGGUUUAACGCCGCUUUUAACAGAA